AUGCCUAGAAUAAGUGACAGAAAAUCGAUCUUGACUUCUCUUAAAAAGAGAAUUUACACUAAUCUGGUUCAACAUGUUGUCUGCGAUGAUCUUUUAAUGCAGAAUAUUGUUGAAAACAUCUCAGAACUUUUCAUUUUCCAGCUGGUGUCAGAACAGAGAUAUCUUAGCCCACGAUUGGAUAUUCCCAGAGCACCUAGCCAAAUGAUGAUGACCCUGGGAAGACUAGGAAAAUAUGGCACUGGUGCUUCUGUAGGUUAUGUUGCAAGAUCUUUUGGCGUCAGUGAUGAAAAUGAACGUGUGCUUAUUAGCCAGCGAAUUGAAGAGCAAACAGACUUCCCUUCAUGCAUUGGAUUUGUUGAUGGUACCUUGAUUCGUCUGGAAUACAAGCCGAACUGGGAUGGCAAGGAUUUUUAUAACCGUAAAUCGAUUUACUGUCUUUCAGCAAUGACUGUUUGUGAUGACAAAAAAAGAGUCCAUCAUUGCUUUACUGGAUGGCCAGGGUGUUCUCACAAUGCCAGGGUCUAUGUCAGCAGUCAACUUGCUUUGUCUCCAGAAGCUCACUUCUCUAAUGACCAGUACUUGCUAGGAGAUUCGGCCUAUAUACCAUCGAUGGAAGUAGUUCCUGGAUUUGAAUCGCUGAAAGGUCUCCAUACAAGUGUCUAUAACAAAUACGACAUUGAGAAAAUUGGAUACUGGAUAAGAUGCUGUUAUGUUUUACACAACUUGUUGUUGGACUGUGGUGAUGACACCUUUGUAGAAGACAGUGUCAGAAACACUGAUACACCUAGGAAUGAUGAAAGAUUGGAGCCAAGAACAUCAUCACAGUUAGACAAAAACAAAAGAGAAAGAAUAAAGCAAAUAAUUAUUCAAUAA